CAAAUACUUGUUCUCCCCACUGUAAGUAGACACACAUUCACACACCUCGGGCCUCCUGCCACGCUGAGGUCAGGUCUUCCGGUCGUUGCUCCAGUAUAAAGCAGACAAACACACACAGUCUGCCACUCCUCCUGUGAGCGGCGUGGUAGGAAACAGUUGAGUUGUUUUCAAAGCAGUGAAGUCAGUGUUUAGCUGCAGUUUGAUCAUGUCUGGAGUGUGGACUGUGCUGUUGCUCUGGGGAUGUGUCUUUCUCCCGGCUCUGUCGCAUGGAGCUCUGGUUAUCUCACGGGAUGCCUCCACACCACAGGUGACUCUCCAUUGUUACUAUACAGAUGCAGGAUUCUUAAUUUGAUCACCCUGUUGCAGGAGAACUUCCUGCAAUGCAGGACAUGUAAAACCUGUAGUGUAUUUGAGGUUUAAAAAGGCAAUUCAAUUUCAGACUUGAUUUUCCCUCAUGAAAAAUGUGUCUACACCUACAAAAUGUCCAUUUUUGUAGGUGUAGGUUGCUGCAGGAUUAUUUUCCUGCUGUAGCAAUAUGGUUGAAAUUAAGAUCCUACAUCUGUAGUAUCUACUCUCCUGUUACUACAUCUCUCCCCUGCUGCCAUCUCACCCCGCCUGCUAUACUGCUAUAUACUGUUACUCUAUUUACUGUAUAUGUAUCUGUACAGUAUCUACUUUUCUGUUAACACAUCUCUACUUUGAUUCAUCUCUGUUCUACUUUUGUGUAUGUGGGUGUGGGUGUGUUUGCAUGCGUGUGUACAUUAAUCGAUUUAUAGUCAAGCCAAUAUCUAUAUGCAUUACAAUGAAUUAGGCUAUGAGAUGUUAAAUUAGUUUGGAUGACAUUCUGACCCUAAAUUCAAACUUCUCUCUUGUGCUUUGUAUCCCAGGGCUCUGAUGGUGCUACAAGGCUACUAAAGGUACCGCUCAGCGUCGACACAAACCGUACUGUCUGACACAAAUCCAAACAGGAAUCUGUCGCAGAAUCCGUCAGACUUCUACUCUUGAACACCCAGUGGUGCAUCUGAUUACACUUGAUUAAUAUUUUGUUAUUUGUGUUUUUCCCAAAAACAAAUCUAACCUUUGAGACCAUGUUUGUGUAAAUAUUUGAGAAAGUCCUUCGCUCUUUGCCCAGGUUACCCUACUCUCUAUUUCAGUAAAUACAACAGUAUCAUUGGCACCUAGAAGUUUCAGCCACUUGAAAAGUUAAAAAUGUCUAAGUCGUACAGUGUACUCUGUAAAAAAAGAAAUUAAUAAUAAUGUGUCUAAAUGUUUUUCUUUUUUUACAGAAAAGAAGUACAGAUAAUGUGGAGGUAAGGAAAUGCACUAUAUUUACAUUCUAUUUGUGAGGAUGAUGAUAAUGAUGAUGCACUGCCACCACCAUCUUCAUCACUAGAAAUCUGUACCUUUGCUCACCCAGAUUGACUCAUCUAGUAUUUUUACUGGAACCACUGAGUUAAUGUUUUUCACAAGAGGACAGCGGUAAUAAUUUGUUUUGGCAGUAAUCCUGUAGUCAAUGCAGCAUAUUCCACACUAUUCAGCUGUAACAGGAAAAUAUGUUUUGAGAAAGUGUGUGAAUGUUUUACAGGCACAUUAGACAGUCAUUACUCACACAAACAAACAUUUCAAAACACUUCCGUUUCUGUUGCUAUUUCUCUUUCUCUCUUCUUUCUUUCUCUCUCUCUCAUUCUCAUUCUCUCUCACUCAAUUCAAUUAAAUUUAAGGGCUUUAUUGGAAUGGGAAACAUACACUACCGUUCAAAAGUUUGGGGUCACUUAGAAAUGUCCUUGUUUUUUUUGUCCAUAAAAAUAACAUCAAAUUGAUCAGAAAUACAGUGUAGACAUUGUUGAUGUUGUAAAUGGCUAUUGUGACUGGAAACGGCUGAUAUUUAAUGGAAUAUCUACAUAGGCGUACAGAGGUCCAUUAUCAGCAACCAUCAGUCCUGUGUUCCAAUGGCAUGUUGUGUUUGCUAAUCCAAGUUUAUCAUUUUAAAAGGCUAAUUGAUCAUUAGAAAACACUUUUGCAAUUAUGUUAGCACAGCUGAAAACUGUUGUGCUGAUUAAAGAAAUAAUAAAACUGGCCUUCUUGAGACUAGUUGAAUAUCUGGAGCAUCAGCAUUGUGGGUUCGAUUACAGGCUCAAAAUGUCCAGAAACAAAUAACUUUCUUCUGAAACUCGUCAGUCUAUUCUUGUUCUGAGAAAUGAAGGCUAUUCCAUGCGAGAAAUUGCCAAGAAACUGAAGUUCUCAUACAAUGCUGUGUACUACUUCCUUCACAGAACAGCGCAAACUGGCUCUAACCAGAAUAGAAAGAGGAGUGGGAGGCCCCGGUGCACAACUGAGCAAGAGGACAAAUACAUUAGAGUGUCUAAAUUGAGAAACAGUCACCACACAGGUCCUCAACUGGCAGCUUCAUUAAAUAGUACCCUCAAAACACCAGUCUCAACGUCAACAAUGAAGAGGCGACUCUUCAUAUCUCAGACUGGCCAAUAAAAAUUAAAGAUUAAGAUGGGCAGUCUGAGAUAUGGCUUUUUCUUUGCAACUCUGCCUAGAAGGUCAGCAUCCCGGAGUCGCCUCUUCACUGUGAGGUGACUGUUUCUCAAACUAAACACUCUAAUGUAUUUGUCCUCUUGCUCAGUUGUGCACCCGGGCCUCCCACUCCUCUUUCUAUUCUGGUUAGAGCCAGUUUGCGCUGUUCUGUGAAGGGAGUCUCAAGAAGGCCAGUUUUAUUGCUUCUUUAAUCAGCACAACAGUUUUCAGCUGUGCUAACAUAAUUGCAAAAGGGUUUUCUAAUUAUCAAUUAGUCUUUUAAAAUGAUAAACUUGGAUUAGCAAACACAACAUGCCAUUGGAACACAGGACUGAUGGUUGCUGAUAAUGGGCCUCUGUACGCCUAUGUAGCUAUUCCAUAAAAAAUCUGCAGUUUCAAGCUACAAUAGCCAUUUACAACAUUAACAAUGUCUACACUGUAUUUCUGAUCAGUUUGAUGUUAUUUUAAUGGACAAAAAAAGUGCUUUUUCUUUCGAAAACAAGGACAUUUCUAAGUGACCCCUAACUUUUGAAUGGUAGUGUAUAUAUACAGUGUUGUAACAAUGUGCAAAUAGUUAAAGUACAAAUGGGAAAAUAAAUAAACGUAAAUAUUGGUUGUAUUUAAAAAGUUGUUUGUUCUUCACUGGUUGCCCUUUUCUUGUGGCAACAGGUCACAAAUCCUGCUGCUGUGAUGGCACACUGUGGUAUUUCACCCAGUAGAUAUGGGAGUUUAUCAAAAUUAGGUUUGUUUUCGAAUUCUUUGUGGAUCUGUGUAAUCUGAGGGAAAUAUGUGUCUCUAAUAUGGUCAUACAUUUGGCAGGAGGUUAGGAAGUGCAGCUCAGUUUCCACCUCAUUUUUCUUCAAAUCAAAUCAAAUCAAAUUGUAUUUGCCACAUGUACCGAAUACAACAGGUGUAGACAUUACCAUGAAAUGCUUACUUACAGCCCUUAACCAACAAUGCAUUUAGUUUUUAAUAAAAAAGUAAAAUAAAACAACAACAAAAAAGAGCUGAAGUAAAAUAAAAUAACAGUAGGGAGGCUAUAUACAGGAGGGCACCGGUGCAGAGUCAAUGUGCGGGGGCACCGGCUAGUUGAGGUAGUUGAGGUAAUAUGUACAUGUGGGUAGAGUUAAAGUGACUAUGCAUAAACAAUCAACAGAGUAGCAGCAGCAUAAAAAGACGGGUGGGGGGGGGGGGGGCAGUGCAAGUAGCCAUGACUAGCUGUUCAGGAGUCUUAUGGCUUGGGGGUGGAAGCUGCCGAGAAGUCCUCUGGACCCAGACUUGGCCCACCGGCACCACCCGCCGUACGGUAGCAGAGAAAGUCUAUGACUAGGGUGGCUGGAGUCUUUGACAAUUUUGAGGGCCUUCCUCUGAUACCGCCUGGUAUAGAGGUCCUGGAUAACAGUGUGCACAUAGCCUGUCAUUUCUUGAGAGCCAGGUCUGCCUACGGCGGCCUUUCUCAAUAGCAAGGCUAUGCUCACUGAGUCUGUACGUAGUCAAAGCUUUCCUUAAGUUUGGGUCAGUCACAGUGGUCAGGUAUUCUGCCGCUGUGUACUCUCUGUUUAGGGCCAAAUAGCAUUCUAGUUUGCUCUGUUUGUUUGGUUAAUUAUUUCCAAUGUGUCAAGUAAUUCUCUUCUUGUUUUCUCAUGAUUUGGUUGGGUCUAAAUGUGUUGUUGUCCUGUGGGUCUGUUUGUGUUUGUGAACAGAGCCCCAGGACCAGCUUGCUUAGGGGACUCUUCUCCACGUUAAUGUCUCUGUAGGUGAUGGCUUUGUUAUGGAAGGUUUGGGAAUCACUUCCUUUUAAGUGGUUAUAGAAUUUAAUGGCUCUUUUCUGGAUUUUGAUCAUUAGCGGGUAUCGGCCUAAUUCUGCUCUGCAUGCAUUAUUUGGUGUUUGUCGUUGUACACUGAGGAUAUUUUUGCAGAAUUCUGUAUGCAGAGUCUCAAUUUGGUGUUUGUCCCAUUUGUGAAUUCUUGGUUGGUGAGCGGACCCCAGACCUCCCAUCCAUAAAGGGCAAUGGGUUCUAUAACUGAUUCAAGUAUUUUUUUGCCAGAUCCUAAUUGGUAUGUCAAAUUUUAUGUUCCUUUUAUGGUAUAGAAGGCCCUUCUUGCCUUGUCUCAGAUCGUUCACAGCUUUGUGGAAGUUACCUGUGGUGCUGAUGUUUAGGCCGAGGUAUAUAUCGUUUUUUUGUGUGCUCUAGGGCAAUGGUGUCUAGAUGGAAUUUGUAUUUGUGCUCCUGGCAACUGGACCUUUUUUGGAACACCAUUAUUUUUGUCUAACUGAGAUUUACUGUCGGGGCCCAGGUCUGACAGAAUCUGUGCAGAAGAUCUAGGUGCUGCUGUAGGCCCUCCUUGGUUGGUGACAGAAGCACAAGAUCAUUAGCAAACAGUAGACAUUUAAAUUCAGAUUCUAGUAGGGUGAGGCUGGGUGCUGCAGACUGUUCUAGUGCCCUCAUCAAUUCGUUGAUAUAUAUGUUGAAGAGGUUUGGGACUUAAACUGCAUCCCUGUCUCACCCCAAGGCCCUGUGGAAAGAAAUGUGUGUGUUUUUUGCCAAUUUUAACUGCACACUUGUUGUUUGUGUGCAUGGAUUUUAUAAUGUCGUUUGUUUUUCCCCCAACACCACUUUCCAUCAAUUUGUAUAGCAGACACUCAUGCCAAAUUGAGUCAAAAGCUUUUUUGAAGUCAACAAAACAUGAGAAGACUUUGCCUUUGUUUUGGUUUGUUUGUUUGUCCAUUAGGAUGUGCAGGGUGAAUACGUGGUCUAUCGUACUGUAAUUUGGUAAAACGCCAAUUUGACAUUUGCUCAGUACAUUGUUUUCACUGAGGAAAUGAACUAGUCUGCUGUUAAUGAUAAUCCAGAGGAUCUUCCCAAGGUUGCUGUUGACGCAUAUCCCACUGUAGUUAUUGGGGUCAAAUUUGUCUCUACUUUUGUGGAUUGGGGUGAUCAGUCCUUGGUUCCAAAUAUUGGGGAAGAUGCCAGAGUAAGGAGUGAUGGUUAAAGAGAGAGAAGAGAAGCCAAGUGAGAGAGUGGAGGAGGAGUAGAGGAAAGAGAGUGAGGAGGGAGGAGGAGAGGAGAGAGGAGAGCGGAGGAGGAGAGGGAGAGAGAGGCGAGCGAGGAGAGGAGGAGAGAGAGAGAGAGCGAGAGAGAAGAGAGAGAGAGAGAGAGGAGAAGAGGAGAGAGGAGGAGAGAGAGAGAGGAGAGAGAGAGGAGAGGAGAGAGAGGAGGAGAGAGAGAGAGAGAGAGAGAGAGGAGAGAGAGAGGGAGAUGACGCGAGACGUAGAAGACAGGUAGAGAGAGAGAGAGUCUCUCAUCUCUCUUCUAUCUCCUCUCUCUCUCCUUUCUCUCUUCUCUCUCUACUCUCUCUCUCUCGCUCUCUCUACUUCUCUUCUUCUUACUUUCUCUCUUACUCUCUCAGGUGGAGGUGUACAGUGUAAAGGUGGGAGUAUAAGGUGGCUUCUCGUUUCGCUCACACGGUCAUAACCUCCAGUGCUCUGAACAAGGCCAACUCCUCUCAGGAAGUGUUCUUUGAUGUGGAUCUGCCCAAGACCGCCUUCAUCACCAACUUCAGCAUGUCAGUCAGCACCCAUGGCAUGUGUAGAAGCCACGUUAUGUGUAGAAAUGAUAACAUCAAUCCAUAGGACUGUUACUCUUCUGUGUAUUGUGUGUCUGUGUGUGAGUGCAUAUAUGUUUAUGUUUGUUUGUUUGAAUGACUGUGUUUUUGUAUCUCAGGGAGAUAGAGGGUCAGACAUACACAGGUAAGGUGAAGGAGAAGGAGCAAGCCAAGAAGCAAUAUCAGAAAGCUGUUUCCACAGGGCAGACUGCAGGACUGGUCAAGUGAGUUGAACAGGGUAAUGAGGAGGGGGCAAACAUGAUGUUUCCAUUACACUAAGCACUCCUAUACUAUUUUAUCACAGCCUGUGUUUGAGUGUUUUGUUUCCACUGUGAUCCUCCUACUGGGCCUGUGUUUGUGUACUCUAGGGCAUCAGGGAGGAAGAUGGAGAAGUUCUCCGUGUCUGUGAACAUCGCGGCCAAUAGUAACGUCACCUUCAUUUUGACCUACGAGGAGUUGCUUCAGCGUAAACUGGGCCAGUACGAGAUCAUGACCCAUGUCAAACCCAAGCAGCUGGUCCAGCACUUUGAGGUCUGUAGAUGUUUACACUCUAUACCCCAAAACAACACUUUUGUCAUCAUCUUGACUCCUCAGUCCUGUGUCUCAUCAGUCCUGUCCAUGUCUCUGUGACAGAUUGUGGCAGAUAUCUAUGAACCCCAGGGAAUUGCCUUCCUGGAUGCCUAUGGAACCUUCAUCUCCAACGAGCUUCUCCCCCUGGUGGAGAAAACAGUCACCGACAAAAAGGUAAAUUAUGCUGUUCUGUUCUAUGAAACAAAUGCAUGUGGAACAUAUCCUCCCAAAGAGAUUAAUACAAUUCUGUAUUGUUUUGUGUUUAAUUGUGUUGCCCUCCCUCACUCAGGCACACAUCUCAUUCUGCCCAACACUGGACCAGCAGAGGAAGUGCCCGGGUUGUGACGGCACCCUGAUUGACGGGGAUUUCUUCAUCAAAUAUGAUGUGAACCGAGCUGAGACCAUCGGUGACAUCCAGGUCAGCUGUGUUGAAUAUAAUAUAGGAUCAGUAUUUGGGUCAAUUCCAUCAAUUCAGGGUGUUCAUGUCAUAAUGAUGUUCAUUAUACAUCUUUUUCAGAUAGUGAAUGGGUACUUUGUGCACUUCUUUGCUCCUCCGGACUUACCCCGAGUUCCAAAGAAUGUGGUGUUUGUGAUCGAUAGGAGUGGGUCAAUGAGCGGAAUCAAAAUGCAGCAGGUAAUAGAGAGAAAUAGUGUGUCUGAGAGAAAGAAAGAAAGAAAGAGAGAGAGAAGAUGAAAGUGAGAGAAUAUGAGAGAGGGAGAGAAGAUGAGAGGGAGAGAGAAGGGUAGAGGAAACAUAUCACUUGGUUACAGUGCUGUAAAAGUAGUUCAUGCUCAGAUUGACCUGAGAGCCUUUGAUCCCUCAUAGACAAAGGAAGCUAUGCUGAAUAUCCUGAAUGACCUGGAUGAGGACGACUACUUCGGAAUUGUCAUAUUUGACUCUCAAAUCUCAACAUGGAAGGAAUCUCUGACCAAGGCCAACAAGGAAAAUGUGUCUGAAGCCCAAAAAUUUGUCAAAGAAAUAGAUGACAGGGGAGGUGAGCCAUUAUGUGUUUAUUGGGAAUGGGGUGACUCAUACAAAGAGAAAUAAUUAAUGAUGUUUCUGUCACUAGGACUUUAGUAGUGAAUCAAUGGCAGUACAACACUUGGGCAAGCAGUAUGAUAAAAGUGAGGUGCAUUUAUGAGGGAACUUGCAAAAGGAUAUCUAUCAAACAUUUAUUUUUGAUAACACCUGGAUUGAUUUUGUGUGUUGUUCUCCUUUUAGUCACUAAUAUAAAUGAUGCUGUGAUGAAAGCUGUGGACAUGAUAAUGAAAGACAUACAAGACAAGAAGGUCCCGGAGAAGAGUGUGUCUAUGGUUAUCUUACUGACAGAUGGAAUGCCCAACUCAGGUGCCAUUUUAACAUUGAAGUAGCCAUCUGAUGUAUUGCUCUAUAUUAGAUCAAGCCAGUAAGGUCAUGGUACAUAUGUUUACUGGUCCAGCCAUGUGUGUUUGUGUACAGGAGAGUCUUCUGUACCACAGAUUCAGAAGAAUGUCCUUGGUGCUAUGGGUGGGAACAUGUCUCUGUUCUGUCUGGGCUUUGGGAAUGACGUGGACUACUCCUUUCUGGAUGUGAUGUCUAGACAGAACCAGGGACUGGCCCGGAGGAUCUACGAGGGCUCUGAUGCCACUGUCCAGCUUCAGGUGUGGACCAGGGCUCUGUCCCAAAUCUCACAAUAGUAACUUUUCUGUGGUUUUCUGGUUUGACCAUAUCACUGAUAGGGAGCAUCACUGGAUAGAUGAAACUAUUUAGGUCCUUGAGUGGUCUUAUAUAGAUCCUACGUUUUGGCAUUAUUGAUAAUGUACUGUAAAAAAUUAUAAUAGACAAAUGACUAGGUGAUGUGUGCAUUUGUGUCCCAGGGUUUCUAUGAUGAAGUGGCCAGCCCCCUCCUCUCCGAGGUGGACCUGCGUUACCCUGACAACCUGGUGAACUCUCUGACCACCAGUCACUACAAGCAGCUGUUCAACGGCUCAGAGAUUGUGGUAGCUGGCCGGCUCACUGACAAUAGCUUGGAUAACUUCCUGGUGGAGGUGUUUGCACAGGGGGUGAGGAACAGGCAGGCACAACACAACACACCACACCACCCUGAUACUGAGCUUAGAAAGAUGGAUCUUUCUUUGCACCUGAAGGGCAUUGUGACUCAAGUAUUGUACAAUGCUCGACCCAACUAAUGCUUCUCUCUCACUCCUUCUCUGUGUAUAAUACCUCUUUCUCUUCUCUCUCACAUCGUCACACUCUUUUUAGAUCGAGGAGGACUUUAUUGUCAAAGGCCAGGCCAGUGCCCAGGAGUGGGACAUACUGUACCCUGAGCAGGAGUACAUCUUUGGGGACUUCACUGAGCGUCUUUGGGCCUACCUCACCAUCCAAGAACUGUUGAGCAAGAGGUCUGUGUGAUCAGCUAACUGCUAUUAACUGCUAGUCUGGUGAACUCUCCAGAACUAAAUGGUGGUUAAGCAUUAUCCAAAUGCCUAAAACAUACUGGUAGUUGAGAGCUUUGGGAUCUAAUGAAUGGAGCUGGGUAUAUUAAAGUAACUCAAUUCGUAAAUAUUCCAUUAUUUUCUGCCCCGCGGUGUAAGUUCAACCAAACCUAACCCAAGUUAAACCGAACCUAACCUCUAAUCCAAACCUAAUGCAAUAGCACCACUCAUCCUAUGUUUCAAUUGUCAGAGGGACUGGUACUGCGGAGGAGAAGGGAAAUGCCACUGCCCAGGCUCUGGAGAUGUCCCUGCAGUACAGCUUCGUCACCCCCCUUACCUCCAUGGUGGUCACCAAGCCUGAGACUGACAAGGGCCAGAGGGCCCCCUCAUCGCCGACAAGCUGACCGAGGGUAUGAGACCCAGUGGGUUGGGAGUGAAGAGGGGCAGGGGGAGACAACCAGUACAUCUGGCGUGUCUUAUCUGACAUGUUUAUCUCAGUGGUUAUGGAAAUCCUUGCAUCGAUUGUCAAAGGUGUGUGUCUGACUGUUUUCUUUUGCUACUGUUUGACAGAUGAAAGGCAGAAAGCCCAGAAAUUUGGUAAGCACAUGCCAUGAAUGGACAUGACUGUAUCCUUCAUCUAAAUGGGUUUCUAUGUCAUUAUAGUGGAUCACCUGAAUUUAUGACAUGGAAAGCUGACACCAAAUUAUUUGUGGUUAGAAACUGAGGAUAUUGCAUCGUACUAUACACCCUGUUAUAUUCAGAGUAAAUCUAUUAAAUGCAUUUUACCACUUUGAACGUGAACUUUAUUUGCCAUCUGACAUCUUUGGUGUGAUUUUCAGGUUAUGCUGCACCCCAGCUGAUGAGCAACACCUGGACGCACAGCAGGAUCUCACCCACAUACUUUGGUGAGUCCCACUUAAUUCAGAGUGACCCUCCUGUCAGACAUGGGUUACUUCGGGAUUUUCUAUCUGGUGGAACUGUCCCAAAAAUGGGUUGCUUCACCAACUACAGUAAUUUUGUAUUUAUAUUUAGUAUGUUCAAUGCCCACCAUGCUGUCAUGCCACGACAAAAAAAUAAAUAAAACAUUGUAAAGUGGUUAUCCCACUGGCUAUAAGGUGAAUGCACCAAUUUGUAAGUCGCUCUGGAUAAGAUCGUCUGCUAAAUGACGUAAAUGUAAUAAAUGUAAAUGACUAUAAUAGAGUGAUCCAAAGUUUGGAUGGGCUUAGCCUCAACCAAAUCAAAUUUCAAAACUGUAACAAUCUGUUGUUGACUCUGCAGUGGAUGGAGACCCUCAUUUCAUGAUUGAGUUGCCAGAGCAGGAGGAUGCAUUGUGCUUCAACAUAGAUGACAAGCCUGGUACCAUCUUCAACCUAGUGAGAGACCAGCUGGCAGGUGAAUAUGUAGAAAUUAGGCAUUAUUUGAAAUUGACCAACCUUUGACAGUAAUGCGUCUUUGAAGGCAUGAAUUCAAACCAUGACACUUGUUUUAUAAAAUAUACACUGCUCAAAAAAAGAAAGGGAACACUUAAACAACACAAUGUAACUCCAAGUCAAUCACACUUCUGUGAAAUCAAACUGUCCACUUAGGAAGCAACACUGAUUGACAAUAAAUGUCACAUGCUGUUGUGCAAAUGGAAUAGAAAACAGGUGGAAAUUAUAGGCAAUUAGCAAGACACCCCCAAUCAAGGAGUGGUUCUGCAGGUGGUGACCACAGACCACUUCUCAGUUCCUAUGUUUCCUGGCUGAUGUUUUGGUCACUUUUGAAUACUGGCGGUGCUUUCACUCUAAUGGUAGCAUGAGACAGAGUCUACAACCCACACAAGUGGCUCAGGUAGUGCAGCUCAUCCAGGAUGGCACAUCAAUGCGAGCUGUGGCAAGAAGGUUUGCUGUGUCUGUCAGCGUAGUGUCCAGAGCAUGGAGGCGCUACCAGGAGACGGGCCAGUACAUCAGGAGACGUGGAGGAGGCCGUAGGAGGGCAACAACCCAGCAGCAGGACCGCUACCUCCGCCUUUGUGCAAGGAGGAGCAGGAGGAGCACUGCCAGAGCCCUGCAAAAUGACCUCCAGCAGGCCACAAAUGUGCAUGUGUCUGCUCAAACGGUCAGAAACAGACUCCAUGAGGACAACACUGUGCAGGACGUUUGGCAUUUGCCAGAGAACACCAAGAUUGGCAAAUUCGCCACUGGCGCCCUGUGCUCUUCACAGAUGAAAGUAGGUUCACACUGAGCACAUGUGACAGACGUGACAGAGUCUGGAGACGCCGUGGAGAACGUUCUGCUGCCUGCAACAUCCUCCAGCAUGACCGGUUUGGCGGUGGGUCAGUCAUGGUGUGGGGUGGCAUUUCUUUGGGGGGCCGCACAGCCCUCCAUGUGCUUGCUAGAGGUAGCCUGACUGCCAUUAGGUACCGAGAUGAGAUCCUCAGACCCCUUGUGAGACCAUAUGCUGGUGCGGUUGGCCCUGGGUUCCUCCUAAUGCAAGACAAUGCUAGACCUCAUGUGGCUGGAGUGUGUCAGCAGUUCCUGCAAGAGGAAGGCAUUGAUGCUAUGGACUGGCCCGCCCGUUCCUCAGACCUGAAUCCAAUUGAGCACAUCUGGGACAUCAUGUCUCGCUCCAUCCACCAACGCCACGUUGCACCACAGACUGUCCAGGAGUUGGCGGAUGCUUUAGUCCAGGUCUGGGAGGAGAUCCCUCAGGAGACCAUCCGCCACCUCAUCAGGAGCAUGCCCAGGCGUUGUAGGGAUGUCAUACAGGCACGUGGAGGCCACACACACUACUGAGCCUCAUUUUGACUUGUUUUAAGGACAUUACAUCAAAGUUGGAUCAGCCUGUAGUGUGGUUUUCCACUUUAAUUUUGAGUGUGACUCCAAAUCCAGACCUCCAUGGGUUGAUAAAUUUGAUUUCCAUUGAUAAUUUUUGUGAUUUUGUUGUCAGCACAUUCAACUAUGUAAAGAAAAAAGUAUUUCAUAAGAUUAUUUCAUUCAUUCAGAUCUAGGAUGUGUUAUUUUAGUGUUCCCUUUAUUUUUUUGAGCAGUGUAUAACACAUAUCAAAUCUACACUAUACCAACAGCUUGCCUCAAUCCCAUGCUGCCUUGCAGGUAUUUUGGUCAAUGGCCAGACCAUUGGGGAUAAGAAGGUGGCCCCUGAUGGCAAAGUGAACACCUACUUUGGUCGCUUUGGCAUCGUUCACCAGGGGCUGGGGGUGAGACUGGAGGUGACCACUCAUGACAUCACUGUGUCCCAGGAUGGCAAGCAGGCCAAGCUCUUCUGGUCAGACACCGCCUCUCUCAAGGGAGCCAAGUAAGCACCCUUACCCAUUACGGUUUUGCUGUUCUGUCUUCCAUAUAACUCCUAUAACUAAUAACUAAGGCUAGAUACGUAGAGACCAGAGUUUAUAUCUGUAAUGCAACCUCCCUACCACAUAAGGUUGAAGGGGCAUCUAACGUUUCAUUCUGUCAUCAUGGUUAAACUACCUCCAUCUCCCUCUCCCCCUCCUAUAGUAUGGACCUGCAGGUGACCAAAGACCGCAGCUUGACUGUCACCCUCAGGGACUCGGUCCGGUUUGUGGUCAUCCUACACAAGGUGUGGAAGCAGCACCCCUACCACCAGGACUACUUGGGCUUCUAUACCCUGGACAGCCACCUCCUCUCCCCCAGCGUCCACGGCCUUCUAGGUAGGACAGCCACCUCCUCUCCCCCAGCGUCCACUGGCUCCUAGGUAGGACAGCCACCUCCUCUCCCCCAGCGUCCACUGGCUCCUAGGUAGGACAGCGACCUCCUCUCCUCCAUCGUCCACGGCCUGCUAGGUACCACCAGGGGUGCAAUCUGUCAUUGGCAAGGCCAGAUGAAGUCUGCUUAGCUGGCUGGAGGUUUACUCUGCAUUAUAUUUGGAAAAUUGUCUGUAUAUUUGAUCAAUUAAAAUGUAUUAUAUUGUCCCCAUACAGGUCAGUUUUACCAUGGCGUGCAGUUUGAGGUGAGAGACAUGCGUCCAGGAGAGGUGCCAGAGAAACCAGAUGCCACCAUGCUAGUGAAGGGACAGGAGCUUACAGUGACAAGGUAGAUGCCUACACACACACAUACAUACUUCUUCUUCGGUAAUCCCAUUGUAUUCCAAAGAUGACUUCCACUUCUGAGUUUAUGGUAAAUUCUUUGGUGACUGUGGAGUCCAAUCCGAGAUCCACAAACUGUAUUGCAGGUGGGGCAUGUGUAGUCUGUGUUGGUGGGGGCAGGCAUGGUUGUAUGUCUCCUGAGCAGUUUUUGCUGUCUCUUUGUGCUCCUCUCCUCCUCCCACCUCAGUACACCACUCUGGCAGUAUCCUCUAGGUCUGUGGGUUUGAUGUUGCACUUCUUCAGCAAUGUUUUCAGCUGGUCCUUGUAGCGCUUCAUCUGCCCCCCUGCAGACAGCCGGCCAAGAUGUAGCUGGCCAUACAGGAUCUUCCGCGGCAAGUGUUCCUGAGACAUCCUAAUGACAUGCCCAAGCCAGCGUAGUUGAUGUUGGGUGACCAUGGCCUCCAUACUCUUGCAGUUGCGCUGCAGGCAUCCUAUGUGGAAUCACUCUAGCUGCUUGUUGUGGCGGCUGUAAGUGACCCAAGCUUCACUGCUGGAAAGAAGUGUGGUGAUGCAGACGGCUUGAUAGACGGCGACUUUGGUGUGGAGGUGGAGAUCCCUGUUUUGGAAGACCCUGCGUCUGAGUUUCCCAAAGGCAGCUGAUGCUUACUUGAUCCUAUUUUGAAUUUCGAAGUCGAUGCUGCGGUCCUCCGAGAGGACGCUGCCCAGGUAUUUGAAGGAUGGGACUAUUGCCAGUGAUUUGUGUUCAAUGGUGAAGACAGGCAUGGUGGGUGGAGGGCUGGAUCUCCAUUGGCAGACCACCUCUGUCUUGGUGGUAUUGAUAGACAGUCCCAUCCUACUAUAGACCCUCACAGCCGCUACAAGGACGGACUGAAGAUCUUCCGGAGUGUGGGCCACAAGGGCACAGUCAUCAGCAUACUGCAGCUCAAGAACCCGCUCCAUCAAAACCUUGGUGGUUGCUUGGAGCCUUCAUGUCGACCGUACUCCUGUUCUUUCUGAAGCCGCAUUGUGACUCUGCAGCAGUUCCUCUGUGAUGUUGUUCACCAUCCUGUGUAGCACCACCUUGGCCAGGACCUUGCCGGCAACAGCCAGGAGGGAUAUCCCCCGGCUGUUGCCGCAGAUGGACUUGUCACUCUUGUUCUUCUAGAUGGUGACAAUGUUUGCUUCCCACCGCUGUUGGGGGAGGAUCUCCCAGUCCCAAACCGCCGUGAUGUACUGGUGGAGCGUUCUGGUGCAGAAGUAACCACCCUUCUUAUGUAGCUCUGCCGGGAUUCUGUCAGUGCCAGGAGCCUUGUUGUUCUUGAGGGAACGGAUAGCUGAUAACACCUCUUGGAAGGUUGGUGAAUGGUUGAGGUCUUGAAUGGGUGGACGGACAGGCAGUUCUUCCAGGAUGAAGUGGUCUGUAGGAGAGUGCUGAUUGAGUAGUUCUUCAAAGUGAUCAGCCCACCUCAUCAGGAUCUGGUUUUGUUCCUUCAAGAGAGUCAGAUCAUCAGCUGUUUUCGGGGGGGUGAUGGAGCGACUUCUAGGGCCAUAGAUAGCUUUAGUUGAGUUGUAGAAAUUGUGCAUGUCGUUUUUCUCUGCAUAAAUUUGGAUUUCCUGUGCCUUAUUCGUCCACCAUUCGUUCUGCAGAGCAUGCAAGGUUGUUUGCACUUCCUUGCGUGAUGCACGCCAUUGCUGGCGGAGGGUAGCAGAUGUGGGGCUGUUGAGAAUAGCCCUGUGCGCUUUGUGCAUAUUGUCCAGUAAGGUUGUGAUGGUGUCAGAGUUCUCAUCAAACCAGUCCUGAUGUUUCCUACCUCUGUAGCCAAUGGAGUGGGCCACUGCCUAAUAGAUGCCCACUUCUGGUCCAUGGGGUCCUCUGCAUUCAAAAGAGGCUCCGUCCCCUUCAGCCUUUCAGCGAGAGAGCGACGGAACUCGUCCCUUACUGCAGCUUUCUCAAGCCCAGGUACAGUGCAGACGCCUCUUACUGGACUUCUGCAGGCAUGUGGGGGGACGUAUUCUCACCUGGAGUUUAGCCAGUAUCAUACGGUGAUCUAUCCAGCAUUCUGCACCCCUCAUGGCAUGUGUCAGCAGGACGUCAUUAGUGUCAGAACGUCUCACUAUGACGAAGUCGAUCAGGUGCAAGUGUUUGGAGCGUGGGUGCAUCCAUUAUGUUUUAUAUGUGUUCUUCUGCUGGAACAAGGUGUUGGUGACAAUGAGAUUGUGCACGGCACAUAAAGUUAGCAGUCUCAUGCCAUUCUCAUUGACCUGACCAACACCAUGCCUACCCAACACUCCAUUCCAUAUCCUGUUGUUCUGUCCCAACCUUGCGUUGAAGUCACCCAGCAGAAAGAUCUUCUCAUUCCUGGGGAUGCGGUGAAGGGCCUCAUCUAGGGACUGGUAGAAGCAGUAAUUUGCCUCAUUUUCAGAUGGUAACGUUGGAGCGUAUGCACUGAGAAGAGUAGCAUAACGCAUCUUGGCUAGGGGGAUACGGAGAGACAUUAGUCUUUCACUUAUGCCGACAGGUGUUUCGGUGAGGCUGUGUAAAAGGCUGUUCUUAAUUGCCAGUCCCACACCGUGCUGAUGUUGUCCACCCAGAGGGUAACCUUUCCAGAAGAAGGUGUAGCCUUCUCUCUCCCUCUUUCAGGGAACCUUCAUCCAGGAACCUGGUCUCACUCAGGGCAGCAAUGUCAAUGUUGUAGCGUCUUAGUUCUGCAGCAAUCAGAGCUGUUCUCCGAUAUGGUCUAUCGCUAUUAUCGUCAGUGUCCAAAAGAGUUCUGAUGUACCAUGUCGCCAGUUUCAGGGGAAUUAUUUUCUUUAGCAUUUUUCAACCGCUGAGUGGACCUCCCGAUAGGUGCAGUAGCCUAUCCAGGAUGGAGUGAGUGGGCAAUUUGUAGGCCACCUUUUCUAGGCCUCUCCCCAGCUGGGGUGAGCCAUGUGGCUCCUAAAUAGGGCUGCUCAGUCACACAGGGGUCUGCCGAGAGCAACUGCCACUCAAGUCCUUGCUGCUGCCGACCAUAAUAGCCCUGUGCUGCUGGCGUGCAGGGGUCUGAUUAAGGGCUCCCAGUGCAUUCACUUCUGCCCCGUCACCAGACACCCCAACGCCGCCAGACUGUAGUCCGGUUUCCGGUUGAUGGCUUCACUGAGGUCAGGAGUGGAUACCUGCGCAAAGGAAGUUAUUUAAAGUGCCGCUGAGGGUUUGCAAUCCCCAACAGCACUACUUCACUGUAGGAAGGUGAAUUCCAGUGGCAAGAGGGGAAACCCAGGAUGACCAGUAUCUUCCACAGCUGCAGGAGGCAGCCGGAUCCCCAGUCUGUCGGCGUCCGCCUACCGUGCGCCGCCAGCACGCUGCUUUUCUCUAAGGGUGUGCUCCCCUAGCCUUUGUCGUACCAGACUAACCCACAAGGCAGCGGGACAGUGGUUGAUGGCUGCCAGGAUGUGUCAACACAAAGGUGGGCCUGCACAGACGCAUCUCUGGGGCCCACUGCUGCUCCGAGAUCCCCUGCCAGUUAGCCUGGAGUUUCAAAACAACCGGUUAACGUGUGCCGCCGUGAGGAGGCCCGACAGGAGUCUUGGUCAUGGAGAGGCUUUGUACCGGCAAGGGGAGACUUGUGCAUGAAGCUGCUCCCCAAUUCACCACAAGGGCUAGCCGGCGGCAGCGAGCUGUAAGCGAGAGUAUGCAAGCACGUGGUAAGCGGGCAUGCAACUUACCUCAACUUAGGCACUACUGCACUAGACGCGUCACAUACACCCUGCGGUUGCCCGCGGACACACACACAUGCAUACACACAUACAUACACACACUUCUCUCAUCAUUGUCUCUCCUCCUUGCUGUGUUUCCACAGGGGCUGGCAGAGGGACUUCCGCUGGGAUGUGAAGAAUGGAGAGAACAUCCCCUGCUGGUUCAUCCAUAGCAACGGCAAUGGCCUCAUCGAUGGAAACCACACAGACUACAUCAUGUCUGGACUCUUCAAGACUGUCUGAGUCUGGUACACUAGCAGUCAACCUCCUCAAACUGUACAAUACAUCAGUCACACGUUUCACAUGGAUUCAACACACUGUAUGUGCUAAAGAUACACUAUCAUGACAUGAGAAUAAUUAUGGGUAACUUUAGAUCAAAUCUGACUGGAGUACAUGUAAUUAAAAGAUAAGUGGCAAGAAAGGGGACACAUGUGGCUGCCAAAGAUUCCAUCUUUUUAUAUAUUGAUAUGGGAUAGUGAUGAGCAAAACCUGUUGAAAUAAAUGGACUCACUGCCACCUAA